AUGAAUGUUCUUCAGACACCUCACCGUGCUCUAGUCUCCGACCUGGCCACAGAGGAGCAGCAAGUACCAAUGCAGGUGGUGUUCGUUGUGAUUAUGUCGAUUGGAAACUUCCUCGGCUACUCCAUCAUGCAGAUCUACGACGUCCCUGUGGAGCACAUGUUCACGCUCGUGCUGAUGAUUUGCAGCUUGAACACACUGUGCAUUGCCAUCCAGUUCUCAGUGGCCAAGGAGGUGCCUCUGAAGAAGGUCGAGGGCGAGAAGGGAGGCUGCUGCGCUCCCGUUAUGAACAUCCUAGCGUCGAUCCGAGGCAUGCCCUCUUUGCUCUACCACUUGGCCUUUGUUCAGUGCCUCGUGUGGAUCGGAAACACAGCCUGGCAGUACUACUCCGAACAGUGGUUCGCGAUCUCUGUCUACCAAGGGGAUCAGCACGCACCGGCUGGAUCGGAAGCGAAGCUGAACUACGGACGAGGCGUCCAGGCCUUCUCUGAGGGAGGGCAGAUGCGCUCCGGCUUUCAGCUGCUGGCCGCCUUGGGGAUCAUCGCGCUGCUGCUUGGUACACGACUGCGCCCACGCUUGAUGUACGCUCCGUGCAUUUACGUCGGCGCUGUGGUUAGCUUCCUCGCUGGCUACGUCGUCGGCCACAAUGUCACAUUUGCCAUCUUGGUUUUCGUGACGUCGAUCAUGCCAGAGACCGGCUCCUUCGCGAUCCCCUUCGGGCUGGUGGCAACGCUGAGCAAGCGUGCAGAGCAGGAGGGCAAGCAAGUGAGCACGGCCUUGCAGAUGGCUUUGUUGAACUGCUGCGUGACCGUUGGCCAGCAGGUUUGCCACAUGGUGCUGGCCAUUAUCGAGCAGCACUUGCCUUUGACGGCAGCCCUCCCUUGUGUUUUCCUGUUCGCGGGUGUGGCAGCUCGGCGCAGGAUGCCUGUAAGACGGCGUAUAAGGCAUGGAGGGGAUGCGAAUGGGUCUAAGACAUACAUGGGAUAUGUGCUUGGGUGCGGAGUUUCUCAGGAGUCAGGGAUGCCCUUGGGUUUUCGAUGCGAAUACAGGGGCGAGGCGUCCGGGGAAUGCGAGAGUGUGCGGGUGAAUGGUGGAGCCCGUGCUGUGGUCUUGAGAAGUAGUUCAAACGCUGCGGGCUGA